CUUACCACGCAUUUCUCGUAAAAUAGAGUUUGGUGGUGGGGGUUGGUGGGAGAAGCUCACAUAAAUCCAGUCAAGUUGAAGCUAGUUAGGUACAAUUCGUCAUCCCACAUUCAAAUUCGCUUCAAUUAAUUCUCCGUUUUCGAUCCAGCCAAGCUGAUUGGAAGGGGUAAUUCCGUAAUUGUGUCCAGUGAAUCAUAUAAGGCUGCUGUUCAUAUUAAAGAAGAUCUCAACUUUCUGGAUUUUGGAUCACAGAAAGAAUGGAGGCCACAGUUUCAAAGAGCUUACAAUUAACAACAUGGACUAGUUCAGAUUAUACAGUUCCAAAACUGAACAAUUCCACGAGGUUAUAUACAAGAUUUGAGAAAAAUAAAAGUAAAAGAGUUAAUUAUCUGCUAAAUUGCAAUCAUUUGGCAACUAUAAAACCAGCAAUUGGGCAUAGAACAGCAGGGUUAAAGGCUUCAUGUACUUCUAAAAAUUUUCCAGCUUCACUACUUAAAUCAGAAACUUUUAUUGCUGAGGAGGAUCUGUUAUUAAAGAAAAAGUCUGAGGAGAUCAAACCAUGUCUGAGUGGAAGGUGUAUUUAUCUUGUUGGAAUGAUGGGAUCUGGAAAAACAACAAUUGGGCAGAUAUUAUCUGAAGUUCUUGAUUAUUCUUUUUUUGACAGUGACAAAUUAAUCGAGCAAGCUGCUGGUGGAACUGCAGUUGCAGACAUCUUUAAGUUACAUGGCGAAGGGUAUUUUAGAGAUAACGAGACUGAGGUAUUGCAUAAGCUGUCAUUGAUGCAUCGGCUUGUUAUUUCAACUGGUGGAGGUGCUGUUGUUCGGCCUAUUAAUUGGAAAUACAUGCACAAGGGUAUAAGUGUCUUUAUAGAUGUACCCUUGGAUGCAUUAGCACAAAGAUUAACUGCUAUAGGCACUGCUUCUCGCCCGCUUUUGCAUCAUGGAUCUGGUGAUGCUUACACACAAACUAUCAUGCGACUAUCGAAACUUUGGGAAGAAAGAAGUGAUGCUUACACUAAUGCCAGUGUGAGGGUAUCUUUGGAACGUAUUGCGGACAAGUUAGGAGUUGGAGAUGUAUGCAGUGUUAAUCCAACUCAAAUUGCAAUUGAGGCAUUGGUGCAAAUUGAGGACUACUUGAAGGAAUAGAAAGAUGAUUUUGGGUUUGUAAGUUGUGCAAUUAGCCUACAAAAUGUGGUGGGAAAUAGAGUUUAGGGUUCACUUAGGAUUUGGGGGAUGUGUUGUGUUUUAUACUGUUUGUGGGUAAAGUUGGAAUUUUUUUAAUAAAUUAUUUUCGUUGUUGUAUCAUCUUGUUUUGGUCUUCAAGAAAUAAAGUCAAGAUUUCUUUGUGUUUUA